AUGGAGGGCAAUCGGCUUGUGAUAGGUCUCGACUAUGGCACAACGUACACUGGCGUAUCUUUCUGUGAAUCGAGCAAGGACAAGCAGGCAGAUCACAUUGAAGUGAUUCACGACUGGCCGUCACAGAGCAGCAAGAAUGCAACGCAAGAGAAAGUACCUAGCGAGGUCGCUUACCGUGAAGAAGGCAUUCUGUGGGGUGCACUCAUCCCAGCAGAUGUUCCUCGCCAUAUGUGGACAAAGCUUCAACUUGACCCCCUUCAAGUCGGAGAAGUCACGAAGAUCAACCGCGAAAUUGCGAUGUCCAAAGGAAAUGCGAACAAGCAGCCCGAUGACGUCAUCACCGAUUAUCUCGCACAAGUCAAGGCACACCUACUCAAGAACUUGGACCAGAAGUAUGGAAGGACUCUCUGGCGAACGAUGCCAAUCACACUAGUUGUCACGGUACCAGCUACAUGGUCUGACCUAGCCAAAUCACGUACACUGGAGGCUGUCAACAAAGCGGGCUUUAAUACGCUAGAGUUUCCGCAACCGGUGACGACCAUUCUAACCACCGAACCCGAGGCAGCUGCCAUCUACACGAUAAGAACUUUUCGUGGUAAGUCAAACCUCACACAUGCGUUGGCUAACCCAGGAGUACUUCGCAUGUGUUUCUAA